AUGAGAACCCCAAAGGAACGGCGCCAACAAGCUUUUCUUUUUUAUUUCAUUUCAGUUGAACUUCUGCCUAACAUAUCAGUCAAUGCCACAUGGUCAGAACACGGUGUUACAGUUGCUGGAGGUCAUGGUCAAGGUGAUGGUCUCCAUCAACUUUCUAUUCCGAUAGGUCUCUAUGUAGAUGAAGAUCAAACUGUCUAUAUUGCCGAUUCUUUGAAUCAUCGCAUUAUCGCAUGGAAGCGUGGUGCAACUAUUGGUCAAGUGGUAGCCGGCGGAAAUGGACAAGGAAAUGGUACUGAUCAGCUGAAUGAACCAACUGAUGUAAUUCUCGACAAACGGACAGAUACUCUCAUCAUAUGUGAUUGGGGAAAUCAACGAGUAAUGCGAUUCUCUCGUCAAAAUGGCACAAAGGGCGAAACGAUCGUGCCAAUUGUCGCAUGUAGCAGAUUGACGAUGGAUAAUGAAGGAUUUCUCUACGUCUCUGACUAUCAUUUUAAUGAAGUCAGACGAUAUCGAAUGGGAGAGAUUCAUGGAAUAGUAGUAGCAGGUGGCCAUGGAGCAGGAGAUAGCUUCAAUCAACUCAAUUGGCCAACACAUGUCGUUGUUGAUGCUGAUCAAUCUGUAUAUGUCUCGGAACUUAACAAUCAUCGUGUCAGCAAGUGGAUAAAGAAUGAACAGAAAGGUAUAAUCGUGGCUGGGGGUCGAGGUCCAGGAGAUGAUUUGACACGGCUAUGCCUUCCGCGAGGAAUAGUUGUCGAUCAGUUGGGGCAAGUUUAUGUGGCAGAUUGUCAGAAUAAUCGAGUGAUACGUUGGCGCAGCGGAGAUAUAUACGGAGUUGUCAUCGUUGGUGGAAAAGAUACCAACCCACUCAAUUUCCCUGUGAGUUUAUCGUUCGAUCGAGAUGGAAAUCUUUAUGUGGUUGAUCAGAACAAUCAUCGAGUUCAAAGAUUUGAUAUCAAAGAUAUUUCAUUUUAA